UUCAGUGAUUCAUUCAAAAUCGAAGAAGCAUCACCAACACGAAUUCAAUUCAACUUGAAAGUCAACAUCAUCAUAGCCAACAUUUGGCACCGCAUAUAACAAGGGAUCACGAAACGAAUCCCAUCGGUAGCCUACCUUAGAUGAUAUUCUUAUCUGCCACCGAUUGCCAAUUUCCAUCACUCAUCACAUACUUCCUAACCAACGAACUCGAAAAGAAUCAGUGAUUUUGUAUAAGGUCGACUCAACGCUCUAGUGAAGGCCAAAACAUACAUCGUUGUUUCAACAAACUUGACGAUGGCUGAACCCCAAGUUGAAAGGAGGCGGUCGCGUACCCGUCCAAGAAGCUGCGAUAAAGCGGUGCACUGUAGAGAAAAUUCAUCGCCCGCCCAAACAUCAACGCAUCCCGAAAAGCCAGGAAUCGCGCUUAAAACGAAGUCAAGCCAAGCGUCCGUUGAUGCCGCAACGCACCAUACGGGGUCCACGGAACAAAGUUAUACUAUGAACGACGAAUACGGGGGACGAAACUCAUUAUCAUCAAACAUCCCUCUAGAAGUCGUUGUGAUCAAUGACGACGAAGAAAACAUUCCCUCGAUUCGAGGACUGAUUGUGAAGGAAGACGUGCAACUCCAACUGAAAAAAUAUGAGACUCUACUAUUAAACUACAAGGAAAAGCUCAAAUCUUCUGAAAACUUGAAUGGAACUCUGCACCAAUACCUUAGACAAACACAAGGGUACGCAGAAAACCUCUUGAGCGAACGGAAAGAGCUACUCGAUGUCAUACAAGAGAUGGAAGAUGAAGAAAACCGAAGGAUUGACCAAGAACUACUUCUGAAGUUCCUCAUGUGUUCAAGUCUCUUUUUGUACCUAUUCGGUGGAUCAGAGCAAUUUCUUGUUGCCACCGUAGUUCUCCAGCUAAUUGUAACACUUCUGAACAUGGUGUUUUGAUCAUCUGGGGAACACUUGGGCCUUUGAAUGUAAUACGAGAUCACUUUUUGUGUAACACCGCUGGUGCAUCGUGGCACCGCGAGCAUGAAACCAUCAGCCGUUGCUGUAAGAUUUCAUUAACUUUACGAUUGCACGGUGCACGGUGCCAGGGUAUCUUGAUGUAAAUUAUUGAAGCGGUGAAUCUUGUCACCGAAUGGAUGGAUUGUUGCUUUGGACGCACCAUUUAGCAUUUAUUUUACGGCACGUCGUGGUGUCGUGAAAUCCUGCUCAGUUUUAAUUUGUACGGACGCUAGGUUGUUACCGUGUCAAUGCUUUGUUGUAUCAUUAUCUCUUUCUGGGGUGUAAAACGUAGUUUCGAAUGCCGGAAUAUAUCAUUGCUGUAUAG